CAUCAUGAAUUAAAGUAUGGAUUAUUAUCUUACUGUAAUUAUCCAAAUUUUAAAGAAAAAAGAAAACGGAAAAAGAAAGGGAACUGUGAGAUAGCAGAAAGAGAAAAAAGAAAAGGUUGCUGUUGCUGAGAAGGAAAGUAGCAAAAUUACUAUUCAACCCUAAAAACCAAAAGCCUGUUCCACUCCUCAUUCAUCAUCAGCAUCAUCAAUUCCUUCUGUUAAUUCAGUCUUGGUGCUUUUUUGUUGUUUGAGAAAAAUGGUUUCUUAGGGUUUACUUCUGUGUUGAUCCAUAAUAUCGCAUUUGCAUUCUUCGAAAAAAGAGGGGUGGGGGGUGGGUUCAGUUGUGUAUUAUUCCAAAACCCAUUUCUGCAGUUUGCUGAUCUGUACAAAUUCUUGCAGAUCCACCUUUGGGUUUCUACUCUUUCCUGAUAUUUUCUUCUUUCAAGAUCAGAUUUUUCUUCAAAUUUCAAGCUUUUUGGUGUUAAGCUGAGCAUUUUGAGUAGUGGGGUUUGAGUGCUUUCUUUUGUUGACCCUAAUUUUAGUUUUGAUGAGUCUGUAAGCUCAAUGGGGGACUGAUAAUUAACUUGCUUUUGUUUAUUUUGGUGAUUGGGUUGGGGUUCUUGAGGUACUUGUUGUGGAAUUUUGCAUUUUUUUUUAUUUUUUUUUAUGUUUGUGUGUGUUUGAACUUCCUGCUUGAUUUUGUAGUUCCUACCCUUGUAGUGAUUGGGCAUUUGGAGUUGACUGAGUGGCUAAAAGUUCAGUUUUGGCCUUAGAUUUGAUUUUGGAUAGUUUCAGACAAGAAGUGCAAGGUGGCAAGACUAUUGUUAUUGUCUUCUUGCUCCAGGGAUCAAGCAAGUGUACAUUGUAUGUAAAGGAAUUGAAUUCCCACUUUGAGAUUUCUGUGAACACUUGACUUAGCUUUUCAAUUUCCAAAUGAAUUAAUGCUGAGAGGGUCUAGCUGAAGUGGUUGAAAUUUUGCUCUUUUUGUUUCAUGGGGGAUAUAAUAUGCUGUUUUAGUUUGGGAUUCCUGGGGGGAGUCUGACUGAUUAGUGUCGGGUGAGCUGACGCUGACACUGUGAUGCCUCCUUCACCAGCUAUGAGAUGCUCUCCUGGAAGGGAGCUCAGGCAAGAAAAUCACAAGAGAGGGCGCAGUCUGGAAAGUGGGAUUCAUUUGAGGGACAAGGAUGAUGAUCUUGCCCUGUUUAAUGAGGUGCAAACCAGAGAAAAAGAUAAUUUCUUGCUUCAAGCAAAUGACGACUUCGAAGACUUAUUUUCCACUAAAUUGAGGUAUUUUACGGAUUAUAAGCUUGGAAUAUCAAUUCCAGCUCGAGGAGAGAGUAGUGACCUGCUUAACGCGGAAGGCGACAAGAAUGACUAUGACUGGUUAUUGACCCCUCCGGACACCCCUCUUUUUCCUUCUUUGGAUGACGAAAGUCAUGAGACGCGCCCUAUAAAUCAUGAGCAGAGGGGCCGGCCUAGAAGUCAACCCAUUUCAAUCUCUAGAUCAUCAACGAUGGACAAGAGUUACAGAAGUAGUAGAGGCAGCGCCAGUCCAAAUCUCCUUAGCCCAUCUCCUAUGUCUAGUUAUACUGCUGAUCAAUCAAGAGGGAGACCAUCUUCAGCACCUCAUUCAAGUCCACCGCCUCAGUUGCGGCAUUCUACUCCGGCGAGGAAACCGUCUCACUCACCUAAUAAAUUCUCAACACCUCCUCCAAGGUCCUCUACACCAACUCCUCGGAGGAUGAGCACAGGCUCUAGUGGUACUGCUGCUCCAUUGCAAGUGAGGGGCACCUCUCCUGUCAAGACUAAUAGAGCAAACUCUGCAUCACCAAAGAUUAGGGCAUGGCAGUCAAAUAUUCCAGGAUUUUCCUUGGAGGCACCUCCCAAUCUUCGUACUUCACUGGGUGAUCGCCCUGCUUCCUAUGUGAGAGGGUCUUCUCCUGCAUCCAGAAGUGGAUCAAGGUCUGGAAGACAAUCAAUGUCCCCGACUGCUUCUCGAAGUGUCAGUUCAUCACAUAGUCAUGAUCGUGACCAUUUUAGCGCUCACAGUAAAGGUUCAGUUGCAUCAUCUGGUGAUGACGACAUAGAUUCUCUACAAUCCAUUCCUGUGAGUCGUUCAGAUCGUUCAGGUCCAAGAAGUAUCAAUGGAUUCCAAAAUAAGAAACCUCUUGGUCUAUCAAAGAAGCCAAAAAGAGUACUAUCCUCAAUUUCUGCUCCAAAGAGAUCCUUUGACAUGGCAAUCCGCCAAAUGGAUCACAGGAAAGCUCCCCAGAAUAUGUUCAGGCCUCUCUUAUCAAGCGUCCCCAGUUCAACCUUCUAUGCUGGAAAAGCAAGUACCGCACAUCAUUCUAUAAUUUCCAGAAACUCCUCUAUCACAAGUAGCAGUAAUGCUAGCUCUGAUCAAGCUACAAUUGGACUACAUGACAAUGAAGGAAAUGAACAAAACCAGGAGGAUAUAGGUAACAAUCAAGUAAAGAUAACAUAUGCUGAUUUACAGGAUGAAGUUUUUGUCCUUGAUAAGGCUGAUUCUACAAAUGAAGAUCUUGGGAAACAAAUCUAUGAUACGGUCUCUUGCAGUUCACUUGGUGAUCUUGAUGGUGACCUGAGGGUUGAUUCUCUACUUGUUGGCUCUAAAAUUUGCAGUCCACAUGAUAGAACUUUGGAAAUGGUAGCAGAUGUGGAAGUCUUGAACUCGAAAGCAAGUGUGACCCAUAUGAAUGCUCUAGAAGAUGCUGUACUUUGUUCUAGAUAUGGUCAAUGGUACUAUGACACUGAAUCACUUGAUGGAGAUCUGAAGCUUUGUCCAGAUUGUGUAUGUUCAGAAGUACAGUUGGGUGCUACUCCCCCAUUAAGUUCGGUAGUUGGUGAGGAUUCUCCUGAAACUUCGACGACAAUCCUAGAAAGCAGAUCAGUUGAUGGUCUUGAGCCAGCGGGGAAUUCAUAUGAUUCCUCAGAAGCAACUGGCAAGAAUAAAUUAGGGGAUUGUCAUCAUAGAUUGAGUCCUGAUGAGGAUGAGAAAGCUUACAUGAAGUCCAAUGUGAAUGAAGGUGUGCAAGCUCUUGCAAGCUAUCAAGCAAUGGCUCAAUCACCGUAUGCUGACAUCAUCUCCAAGCCUGUUCUGAAUGCUGAAAAAACAGAAGGUGCAGGUAUUUCAGUGCUGCUGAAUAGAUCAAGUAGUGGCAAAGGGAACAUUGUUCAGAGCAGGACACUUUCUGUGACUAAUAUAAAUUAUGAUGAUUUAUCAUAUGUAAUUGAUGCAGUGAACAGUUGCUUGAGAAGCUCCACUGGGUAUGGCAGUGCAUCUGCUUCAUCAUCCAUUGAUUUGGGCUCCACUGGUCAUACAGAGACUCGCUUCCAGCGGCAAUUAAGUGGAAGGAAAAUUGACUUGGAAAAUUAUCGGAAUCAGAGUGACAGAAAGCUCCAAAGCUCCAACUCAUCCUUGUCUGGAACUUCAAGUCAUGCAGUACAAACUUUAAGCAUUGCGACAAGUUCCCUUGAAGAGUCCUUUGACACGUCUGCGUCCGCCCACUUGCAAAAGAAUGUUGAGGUAGCAUAUGUUGAUCGAGAAGAACAACUGCUGCAUGGAGAAAAUACAAAAGUGAACAACUCAUGCGCUGAUUUUGAGAGUGAUGAUAAUUGUAGAAUUGCCUCUAAGUCAGUGGAUCACAUAGCAUCUGUGCCAUCCAGUGCAAAUUUUGAGGAAUCCAGUUCAUAUAUGAAUUGUGAAAACUUGGCAAAUAACUCAGACAAUUCUGUGAAUGUGGAACCUUGUGAUUUGAUUUCUGAAACUCGUCCUAUUGAGGAAGAUGUGUCAAAUUCUUCCGUUGAUAAAGCGGAGAUUGUGACUUCUUUGGAUCAGAGCUCGCUAGAUGCAAUAUCUGAACUGGAAAUUGAGAAUGGUCAUGUGGGUUCUCCUGAUUCACAGUCUGAUGUUUGCUCCUUGCAACCGGGGAGCAGCAUAGAGGAAUUAAAUGAGCAGUCCUUGCAUGCAGCAUCUAGUGAUGGCGAUGAAAUAGUAGCAUCUGUUGACAAAGCUGAUUCCAUGGAUCACAAGGACAGCGUUCUCGAAGAAUCAACUGUUACACUGGAGGGCCAAGCAGGUAACAAGCCAAGAAGCUUGACACUAGAAGAAGCUACUGAUACAAUACUGUUUUGUAGCUCCAUUGUACAUGACCUUGCAUAUCGAGCUGCAAACAUAGCUAUUGAAAAAGAGAAUUCAGUUCUGUUGAAAGAUUCACGGCCCACGGUGACUAUAGUGGGCAAGGCGAAUUCUGACAGAAGGGAUCCGCGUGGUAGAAUCUCAGGUAGACGUAAUUCUAAGUCCUCUCAAAAGGCUAGGCUGAAGAUGGAGACGGACGCAAAACCUCCUCAAAGCAACAUCAACACCGAAAGUGAUGAUAAGAUCGACAAAUCCACAACUCGCAUUGUUGGAGCUCCUAUUAAAGGUGACAACUUGAAUCCCCCAAAGCUGGAAUCUAAGUGCAACUGCACCAUAAUGUGAGUACUCUUGUCAGAUCAAAAUUGAUCCUGAUGCCUGGUUGCAAUUCAGUUCUUGAGGCCCAUUUGGUCAUCAGCAGUUCCUUUUUGUUUGUUUGUUUUGCAUUAUUUGUAAGAAGAAAUAUUUAUCUAAUAACAUAAUCAUUGUAAAGCUUAAUUGAUUUUUAGGGAGAUAAUAGCACAAGGCAUUGGAGGUUGGUUCCAAUGGCCAUAUUCUUGUUAGUCCAUUUGUUGUAUGUGAUUGUAGUUUUAACACUGGAGAGCAAGUGUGUAUUCUUCUUUUCCUUUCUGGUGCUAGAGGAAAUUCUAAAUUCAGAACCCUUCAAUUUGGGUUCGUAAUUUUUUUGCUGCAGA